AUGAGCCCAAAAUUCAAAUUACAUGUCACGAAUACUAAAAUCUGCCUCAUCUACUAUCCACUUCCGCUUCAUCUGCAAUCCACUUCUGCCUCACCUGCUAUCAUCUUCGCCUCACCUGCUAUCCUCUUCUGCCUCAUCUGCUAUCCACUUCUGCCUCACUUGCUAUCCUCUUCCGCCGCACCUGCUAUCCACUUCUGCCUCACCUGCUAUCCUCUUCCGCCUCACCUGCUAUCCACUUCUGCCUCACCUGCUAUCCACUUCCGCCUCACCUGCUAUCCUCUUCUUCCUCACCUGCUAUCCACUUCCGCCUCACCUCUAUCCACUUCUGCCUCACCUGCUAUCCUCUUCCGCCUCACCUGCUAUCCACUUCUGCCUCACUUGCUAUCAUCUUCGCCUCACCUGCUAUCCACUUCUGCCUCACCUGCUAUCCUCUUCUGCCUCAUCUACUGUUCCACUUCAGAUACCUUCUGUUCCUCUUCCCGCUCAAUGCUAUCCAGAGAGCCUCACCUGCAAAUCCACUUCCGCCUCACCUGCUAUCCUCUUCCGCCUGCUACCACUUCCAUCCACUUCCGUUCACCUGCUUCCUCUUCUGCCUCACCUUUAGCUAUCCUCUUCCGCCUCGCCUCUAUCCAAAUCUGCCUCACCUGGAAAUCCAAAUCUGCCUCAAAAUCCAUCUGCCUCCACUUCUGCCUCAAAGGCUAUCCUCUUCCGCCUCACCUUCCAAGUCCUCCUCUAUUAUUGAUCCUCUUCUCUCCCUUUAAAUCCACUUCCGCCUCACCUGCUAUCCUCUUCUUUCCUCACCUGUUUUGCUUAUCAAUCCCUGCUAUCUGCCUCACCUGCUAUCCUGUUCCGCCUCACCUGCUCAUGAACAGGCAUUACCUCUUCCGCCUCACCUGCUAUCCACUUCUGCCUCACCUUAUCCUCUUCUGCCUCACCUGCUAUCCACUUCCGCCUCACCUGCAAUCCUUUCUGCCUCACCUGCUAUCCACUUCACCCUCUGCCCCACCUGCAAUCAUUUCUUCCCUCACCUGCUAUCCACUUCCGUUCACCUCCCUAUCCACUUCUGCCUCUUCGCCUUGGCGGCAUCCUCUUCUGCCUCACCUGCUAUCCACUUCUGCCUCACCUGCUAUCCCAUCUGCCUCAUCUUCAUUCACCUGGAUCCACUUCUGCCUCACUUGCUAUCCACUUAACCUCACCUGCUAUCCCCUUCUGCCUCACCUGCUCCUAAGACGCCUCACCUUUAUCCUUAUCUUCGCCUCACCUGCUAUCCUUCCGCCUCACCUCCUAUCCUCUUCCCUCAUCCGCCUCACCUGCUAUCCACUUCCGCCUCACCUGCUAUCCACUUCUGCCUCACCUGCUAUCCUCUUCCACCUCACCUGCUAUCCACUUCCCGCCUCAAAAUCCAAUCCUCUUCUGCCUCACCUGCUAUCCACUUCCGCCUCCACCUGCUAUCCUCUUCCGCCUUGGAAAAAUCCGACUUCCGCCUCACUUUGCUGUCCUCUUCCAAACACCUGCAAUCCACUUCUGCCUCACCUGAAUCCUCUUCUGCCUCAAAAAUCCCUUCCGCCUCACCUGAAAUCCUCAUCCGCCUCACCUGCUAUCCAAACCGCCUCACCUCUAUCCACUUCUGUUUCACCUGCAACCACAUCUGCCUCACCUGCAAUCCUCUUCUGCCUCACCUGA